CUCACAGCAUGUGCGUCAUUUCCGUUGUCAGGUGGUGCUGCUAUGGAAAGAUGUGAUCAGUUGUCCUAAGAAGGCUUUUCCCUCAAAACCCCUGUCGGUAAUCGUGAAAUUUCUCCAGUUCGCUUGAAACAAACCGCUUCGUGGUGGAGUGUAAAUGUCGGUGCAGCCCUGCUGAACAUUUAAUCGGCCCGAAAUGAGUGGAAAUUAGUGUACGACAGAGGAUUCCCUCGGCGGUUUGAUCUGCAGAAUGUCUAAACGACGUGCUUCGGACCGAGGGGCCGGAGAGUCUUCCGGCAGACCCAGCAAGCUCCUUUGUCCUGGGAUAUCUGGCAAUGCUAAAAGAGUCGGUCCCUUUGUUUUAGGCCCACGGCUGGGAAACUCUCCUGUGCAGAGUAUAGUGCAGUGUCUAGCCAGAAAAGAUGGGACAGAUGAUUUCUACCAGCUAAAAAUUCUCACCCUGGAAGAACGUGGGGACACAGCAGGGGAGACACAGGAAGAAAGGCAAGGGAAAAUGCUCCUGCAUACAGAGUAUUCUUUAUUGUCACUGCUCUCAAACCAAGAAGGAGUGGUUCACCAUCACGGCCUCUUCCAGGACCGCUCCUGUGAGAUUGUCGAGGACAUGGAGGCCAACAAAGUGCGAAAGAUGAAGAGACGAAUCUGUCUGGCGCUUGACUGCCUCUGUGCCCACGACUUCAGCGACAAAACUGCCGACCUCAUCAACCUGCAGCAUUACGUCAUCAAAGAGAAGCGACUGAGUGAACGCGAGGCCAUUGUUAUUUUCUAUGAUGUGGUGAGAGUGGUGGAGGCAUUGCAUAAGAAGAACAUCGUGCAUAGAGACUUGAAGCUUGGAAACAUGGUGCUUAAUAAAAGGACCCAUCGGAUCACCAUCACAAACUUUUGCCUUGGCAAGCAUUUGGUGAGUGAGGAAGAUCUGUUAAAGGACCAGCGAGGCAGUCCAGCCUACAUCAGCCCAGAUGUCCUGAGUGGUCGUCCAUACCGUGGUAAACCCAGUGAUAUGUGGGCGCUUGGUGUGGUGCUGUUCACCAUGCUCUAUGGCCAGUUCCCAUUCUACGACAGUAUACCUCAAGAGCUCUUCCGCAAGAUCAAGGCAGCAGAGUACUCCAUCCCUGAGGAUGGGCGGGUAUCAGAAAGUACAGUGUGUUUGAUCAGGAAGCUUCUGAUGCUUGACCCCCAGCAGAGACUUACUGCCACUGAGGUGCUCGAGUCUCUGAGCGCCAUCAUCGCAUCCUGGCAAUCUGUGUCCUCGCUGAGUGGCCCUCUACAAGUGGUGCCGGACAUAGAUGAUCAGCUUAACCACCCCGAACAUCUUCAGGAGGCGAAAGUGACAGAGGAGUCGUCUCAAUACGAAUUUGAGAACUACAUGAGGCAACAGCUCUUGUUGGCGGAAGAGAAGAACACUAUCCACGAGACCAAGAACUUCCUCAGCAAGAGGCAUUUCGGUAACGUGCCUCCAGUAAGGCGCCUCGGCCAUGAUGCUCAGCCAAUCAGCCCUCUUGAUGCCGCAAUACUGGCCCAGCGCUUCCUCCGGAAGUAGCACCGCCAUUCUGCCCACAGACGGGGGUCCAUUGGAGUGGAGUGAGCCAUUGGAACUGGGCGCACACUUUUAUGUACAUUUGCGUGUGAAAGUGUGUGUGUGUGAGCAUCCAGCCUGAGUCUUGCAGUCACAAACACAGGCCAAGGAACAGAUCAGCACUCUGUUGCUCCAUUCACUGGCCUAGGACACAAACUCUACCUAAGGCCGGCACACAAUGAGACGCCAACAUCAUCUCCACCAUGCCAAUCCUUGCCCAAAUCUGACACACACACACACUCUGUCUCUCCCUCUUUCUCUUUUUUCUCUCUCUCUCUCUCUCUCUCUCUCACACACGCACAGACACACACAUUUUCAGCAAUACCCCAACAGAAUCAUGUAGCAGAUCACAGACAACCACCCUUUUCCCAUCCACAUCUCCCCCAGCACUUUUUACAGUAACGCCUCGGAUCACAUGAUCAACCCUUUUGUUCUGGUCCCCUCAACCAGUUCGUCUGUUCCGCUCCCAUCUGUAUCUAUGACUGCAAAUCUACCUCUUACCAUUUUUUCAGUCUCUCUGUUUCCUCCUUUCUUAGUCAGUUUCUAACAAUGCUGUCCAUUCUUAUGAAAGCAGGACUAAUUAUAUUGAGGGGAGACAAGCACAGGCUCAAGAGCAUUAGCAUUGUGGUUCUGUUUCAAAACCAGUGAUUUUUAUUUUUUUCUCACAAUCUAAAUAAGCUUCCCCCUCCUCUCCUACUAAAAUGGUAGCAUUUUAAGUAAGAUUAUUGUCUUUUUCCAUUGAAGAUGUUAAGUAUCACAAGUUAGAAAGCUAAAAACCUCAUAUUACUGAAAACAUAGCGCAUGUUUCUCCUUCCUCUAUUUGAAUGGGUUUCUGUUGGCAGCUAGCAUCUAUGUCUGGAUGCAUACAACCAAAAGCAUAACUUGGCAUCCAAACCAGUGGAUAUGGUACAUUUUUUUUUCCCUCUCUUGCUAUCGGCCAAUCAGUAGGCAGCAGAAAGUGCAAGAUCACCAUUUCCUGUGUAUUCGACCAAAUGGAAAUGCACAUUUAACCAUGUGAUAUGCCACUACAGUGGACUCCUGAGAGCUGAGCUAGGUGGUACUUUUGUUGAUUUUGGUGUGUGUCAUGCAGGAACUCAUCACAGGGCUCUGCUUAGAAAAAGAUGAGAUACGGGACAACUGGUGAUGGGAUGAAACUGUCAGGAAGUGGGGCAGCUGAUCCGGCAGUCAUGCGGAAGUCUAAGCCAAGAUAAGCCCUGUAAGCACAGCCCUUAAGCCCUCCUUUCCUUUUGUGUCCCUCCGUCAAGAGCACUCACCCUCUGAUAGCAUGCCAAGUCAUCAAAGUGCAUCUUCUGCCAUGUUCCGUAUCUCCGGUGCUUUUGUUCCCCACACAGAUUUCAGCUGCAGCUCAGGGAUCGAAGAUUGGCCGCUAGGGAACGUUUUUGGCCACAGUGAUACAAAGAAACCAGUUGCAUAGGGGAUUGUUUCUUUUAGUUUUUCUUUUUAUUCUCUUACCUACCACUCAUUUCCAUCUAUGAUUAUUGAAUGCUUCAUGAUCAUCAAAAAGGAAAUGCCAUGAAACUCACUCCUCUCAAUCUGUUUAUUGUGUGAGAAUAUUGCAAGGAGAUGUAUUCUUAAUGUCAUUUGGCUUUUUUCAGACCUGUUUUAAGCUACCCCAUGUCUAUAAAGCAUAACUGUGGGAUAUUUUGCCUUAGAUUAUCAACAGAUUUUCAACUCAACCGUGAGCAGUGAAUAUGUACUUUUGAUGCUAGAAUAUAUCUUAGUAUAAUAGGCAGUUGGCUUACAUGGACCUGUGGCUUAGUUUGCAAUGCCUUUAUGUUUGGCUCCACUCGUGUCAUUAGGUGAAAAUGUCAUUCAGUACUGUAGAUCUCUGAGCUUAUGACUAGCUGCUUGGCUUGUCCUUUUAAUCUCCACUUUAAUUUCAUCUUUUGAAGACGUACAGCCUGGUAGUAUAUCUGUACCUUUCGGUUUUCAUUUUAAUUUAUUUGCUGUUUUUAAUUCAUCUGCCAUGGUAAAUGUAGAGAUCAUGUAUCACUCAAAAGCAUUGCUGUGAUCUCUCACGUUUUUUCUUCUAUCUUCAGUGAAGGUUUUGUUUUAUUGUCUAUCUUUUCCUUUUUUUUUAUUCUUGAAUAAUUAUUGCAACAAUCCUGUCGGUAUAUUAAGCUACACUAAUUAGGUGACUGACUUUGCAUAGCUCUAUUUUAAGUCAACUAAAUUAUCGUGCGCAUUAGCAUGACAUGUAGAAUCGAUGUAGAGUUUAUCUUGCUAGAUAAGGAUGAGACCGCACUCUGGCCAGUGUGAAAGACAUUGUAAUGGCGAAUAGGCGUCAAUAGUGCAAACCCCAGUGCAGGGUAUUAUUACUUUGAAAAAUUGCACCAAUGUUUCUACACAAGCCACGAUUGAAAGCAUUAGUUUUUCCCAACUCAAUGUGAAUAUAUUUGGUUGUAAAGCAGUAUCGUAGUGGAUAAUAGGCGUGACUUGAUGGAGAGGGACUUUUUGUGAGCAAAUCAAAGUCCUUAUAUUAAAAAAGGAGUGCCUCAAGGCUAUAUGCUAGGUCCACGUAGAGUUCUUACGAAAGCCAUUAUAUCAUAGCAAAUUUGUAGUUGCAAUAUGGCUGCGGUUGAUGUGGUUGUGUAGUCUGUACCUAAAACCUAGAUAAAAGAAAUUAGUAAAUUUUUGUUUAAUAUGCCCCCUACGUUAGUUACUGCAACCCCCUCGCAUAGACCAUUUCGUGAUAUCCAAAUUCUGUCUGCAGCAUGAAAAGUGUACGUUUUUUUGAACUCUGUAUACAAUUUCAAAGCAAUUAAAUUAGUGCAUGAUUCUAAUUAGCAAGACAUGUCACAAGAUGCAGCAGAAAUUGGAGUGGAUGUGGGUAUUGUGCAAAUUAUGAAUACACCCAAAAAAACACAGACACUGCAAGGGAAGAUACUGAAAGUUAAGUUUGGCUUAGAUUUUAUUUUCUUUUUAGGCCACUUUGUGCAGAUGUUUCAUAAAUUGGGAGAUUUCUCUUUAGAAUUGUUACUUUUUUGCAUCUUUUGCUAAAACUGGAAAAUCUAAAUCUGGUGUUAAACAAAACAUGAUUAAACCGGUCAAAAGCCUGAACAUUUGAUGUUGUAAGCUGCUCGGUUAGAAUGGUGUCAAAGAAAAAAAAACUGGGUAAUUGUACAGAGAUGAAAAACAAAUUUGUAUAAAAGACAUAUUUUUGUACUUCAUCAAAUCUCUACAUGCAUGUCAGCAAUAAACUUUGAUAUGGAAAA